AUGGUGUAUGGCUACCAUGAUGUGUGGUUACCACGGUGUGUGGCUACCACGGUGUGUGGCUACCACAACCUGUGGGGUCCGCCAGGGACCCCCGCCAUGCUGCUGGGCCCCUGGCUGGUAGCGGCAGCGGCGGUGGCAGCGGCAGGGUCCGGGGGGGGCUGCCCGGCUCUCUGCGCCUGCGGGGGGCAGGCGGUGGACUGCAGCGGGCGGCGGCUCUUCUCGGUGCCCCCGGAGCUGCCACCGGACACGGGGAACCUGAGCCUGGCGCACAACCGUCUGGGCAGCAUCCCCCCGGGGUACCUGGGCUGCCAGACACAGCUCCGCGCCCUCGACCUGCGCAACAAUUCCCUGCCCGGGCUGCCGGCCGGGCUGUUCCGGGGGGCUCGGCGCUUGGCACACCUCGACCUCAGCUACAACAACCUCAGCCUGCUCCCCGCGGACAUGUUCCUGGGUGCCAGCGGGCUGCAGCGCCUGGACCUGAGCCACAACCCUGGGCUGAGGCGCCUGCACCCCCAGGCCUUCCGCGGGCUGCCUCAGCUGCGGGAGCUGGACCUGAGCUACGGGGGGCUGGCGGCCAUCAGCCUGGAGGCCCUGGAGGGGCUGCCCGGCCUGGUGGGGCUGCGCCUGGGGGGCAACCCCUGGGUCUGCGGCUGUGCCAUGGAGCCCUUCCUCAAGUGGCUGCGGGGACGCAUCCAGCGCUGUGCCUCGGACCCUCAGCUGGCCGAGUGCCGGGCCCCCCCCGAGGUGGCAGGAGCCCCCCUGCUCUCGCUGACGGAGGAGAGCUUCCAGGCCUGCCACCUCACCCUGACGCUGGACGAUUAUCUCUUCAUUGCCUUCGUUGGCUUUGUCGUCUCCAUCGCCUCGGUGGCCACCAACUUCUUGCUGGGCAUCACGGCCAACUGCUGCCACCGCUGGAGCAAGGCCAGUGAGGACGAGGACGUUUAG